UUUUGUUAUCCUCGCUGCUGUUUUGUGCCGUAAAUAUGUAUAUGACUCAAAGGCGUUUGUCUUCCCACCUUUGCAACCGCCCGCCACAUUAUUCCCAUCGUUCAAGCUAAUGUCGCGAGAAAGGCACAAAGGAAGCUUCUCAGCGGUCGACGCAUUGCAGGGUUGGCCGGGGUGAACACGCAAGCGCAAACAUACAUUAUGCCCCCCGUCUCCCUCCAGCUCGUGUCCAAACAUGUCUUCCCAGAACCAAUGAACGUCUCCCCGGCCAAGCCCUGCCAACUGCUUUCCACAGCUGUCUACAGUGCCGCGUGUACGCCACACAAAAAUUGCGCCAGUAUUGGAAGCAUAGCUCACGCGCGCGAACACACACACAGCCGCAUCGUUCUGGGGAGCAUCUCUGAGUGUGUGAGUGGGCGAGCGAGUAAGUGUCGUUUUUGCAUAGAUUUCAAACUACACGAUCGCGUUGCAUUACUCGUAUUCAGCCGCUCGUCCAGUGUGCUUCACUUGUUCAGCGUUCUCGUCCCGUGCUCAGUGUUUGAUUGGAGUCCGUGCAGCAGUUAGUCUCUCACUGCGUUUGGUACCAGCCUUUUCCUUUCGGUCAGCCCCACACAUUCGCCUCGAUUGAGUGUUUCUUUCUUUUCGCGGUGAAAAAUCUAAUUUUCAAACUAGUUUCGCGGUGUCUUCCUACCCGUUCCCAAUUAAUUUGAAGUCAUUUGUGCGUGUAUAAGUGUGUGUUGUUUUUUUUUUUUUGUCUGCUACAACUUUUUGUUUCUUUUUUGGAGCCAACUACGAGCCAACGUCCAAAAUAAUCAUGAAUGAACAGCACGAUCCUAUCGGCAUAUUGGCCACGAUCUUUGGCACGGAGAGGCUCGAAGAUUUAGUGGCCAUAUCUAUGAUGCUAUUCGGCGUAGCAAGCAUCUUCAUCUUAGCCUUAUUCAAUCUCUCGCGGUUCACACCCAGCUACAGCAAGCUGUGUGCGCUCGUGCACGUUCUGCUGGCAGGAUUCGGGAUAAUGAUGCUAGCCUUUGGCCGGGUUCUGUAUAUGUUCGUGUACAGCGACACAAUGUCAAUCGCCCGUUUCCUCAUCUACGGCAUGGAACUGCUGACAAUCGUAAUCCUCGGCUUCCAGUGCUUGCUGGACAGGUGCAAGCGGUUGCAGUACAAGGUGCGCGUCGAGGGCCGGGUCACCCGGGUCCGCGCCGACCUAGCGAAAGACCUCGCACUCGCCAGAGGCGGCUCGUUCACGCGCAGCUGCCAAACGUCGCGCAGCGCCUUUAUCCCACCCGAAUGUGACCGUCCGGUGGCAGCGGUACGCCGAUCCGGCCGUCUGCCCAUCACCACCGCCACCACGCUCAGAAUGCCUGCCCUAGCCGACGGUGGCACCGAGCCGGGCAUGGCAAAACUGUACGCAACGUCACCAGCCGUCCCACCAGCAGUAGCAGGGCCAUCGAAACCGCGUCCAACAUCAUCGAUCAGGGAAGCAACCGAGCUGGGGCCGAAACCGAAACGGCCAAUUGUUUUUCCGCGAACGUCGUUUCUCGAUACAGACUCCUCCACAGAAGAGGGUGGUACGGUGGUGCAGACAAGGGUUAGCGUGCAUCCGGUACCUGCUCCUACUCCCACCGAAGUGCCCUUCAAACCCUCACCCGACGGGGAGUUUGUAUCGUACAAGACAAGCGACGGAUACGUUAUCAUGAAGUCUAUAAAAAAAUAAUCAUCUGAAUAUGCUUCACCGACGUUGGGCCGAGCGCCAAAUGGCACACCGCAAGGGAGAUGCCAGCUAACAGCCAAAAUGAGUGCGGUUUUGGCGUGGGAGCCCCAGCAAAAAAGUUUUGAAGCGCAGAUAGUUUGUAAGAGAACCAUUUAUUUUAAUGUUGUAAACGCAAGUCGAGACAUCUUUUUAGGCGGUGGCCGUGCAAGAAAGCUGGGCAAGUGUGCUGGCCAAACAUUUUAUAAAUCCUACACACGAACAAUUAUAUUCUAUUUUCUAUUAUAUAUAACAAUAUAUACGAAGUUAGAAUAUACGAACUAUUCAUUAUUAUAAUGCUACUAACUUUUACUUUGGUUUUACUUUGGUGAAUUUAUAUUCUAUUAUCACCCUUACGCGUUUAUGUGAAAUAGUAUGCUUGGAUGGUGUUGGAUCUAGUAUAGCAACACAAGAACGAUGAAUCUACAAUAAUUCACAAUUGGAAGAAUGAUACAUUUAGGAACUUUGGAACACACUAAACGAAUAAAAAGGCAUUGAAUAUUCAACAAUCGGGAAAUCCCGAAGGCUAGAUACUACUGGUCGUAUGCGUAUUCUUCAUGUAGAAGCCACCCUGCCCUUCUGGCGGUGGUUGGUUCCAGACACAGUUUUAGAUGUAUCCUGUACCCGAUAUCUCUGCGUAGAUGUCAGAAGAUCAGAAGUCGACAGCAUAUAUUGCUUUGCAGGAUUUUUUAUUUCAUUUAAUUUUACUAAUUUCUCAUAUAGUGUAAGAACAUUUUGCAACAUUUUGCAAGUGCAAGAACAGACCUAAUGGUCAACAAAAAAAUUAAAAAAACACAGGGUUUCCAUAGCCAAUUUGCGAUUGUAAACUAGUUACAGGUUUUUGUUAUGUUUCAAUUUCACGUCUUUCCAGAUGUAAGGGUUCGACGCAAAGGAACCUGUGCCCAUUUGAGGGGUUUUGACACCAAAGUAAACAUCAACUAUUUUACAACAACGUAUUGGCUAUGAAAACCCCGUAAAUAAAAAUAACAACAAUAUUGAUAUAUAAACCAGAAUUCAGAAUUGUUUUUCCCUUCAGAGUUUAAGGCAUCAAUUUUUUUGAGUAGAUACAUAGCUUAGAGCUUUAUGCUAAUCUUAACAACAUUUCGGUACUGUCAGGUAGGCAGCCCAUGCGUCCUGGAUGGAGAUAUUCUUGUAGGGUCGGUUGAUAUCACGAUCUUCCAAAUACCGCAGAAAUAGAUAGAAGAGAGUACAAUCUAAGGCAUCAGAUUUCCUCAGAUUGCUACCGGUGGGAUCGUUUCGAUUUGGCAAGCUGCUUGACCUGGAAGGCCAGCUCCAUCAAGCCUCCCAAAACACGUGUGGUGAGAGUUUAGAAGUAUAGGAGUAGCUUGACUGGCAGAGAGAAGCCCAUCCCAUCCCAUUUCACAACAUUAGGCGACACACUUCGAUCCGAGUGUCCACAACAGCGCCGAUAAGAUAGAUCCUUCCAGAAUGUACGUAGCGAUAGUGACGGCACACACGUGCAAUACUGCCCAAUUCUGUCCGACACUAAAAUAUGAUUAGAUCGAAACCGAAAACCAACAACGGCAGCCAAACAGAACGGUAGAUAGCCUUCGAGAGAGAGCGUGUGUGUGUGCGUGAGAUAUAGAGCGCUUACGAGAGCGAUGAUGCCGCCAUGCCGAGCUGUUCGGGUCUUCACGCACGACCAAAACAAAACAAGAUAACGCGCGACCGGUUGGGAUGCGCUGUACGAAAUUGUGGAGCAAUAUGGGCAUGGCAAGCAUGUUAGGCAGUACUUCUUAUUACUAAUCAUAACAGUAUUUACAUUUUUCUAUGCUUUCAAUGUGUGUCUAUUAAUCAAAAUAAAUAAAAUAAAUAAAACAACACCUUGAUUUUGUUUUAAUAAAUAAAAAAAAAAAUUGUAUCAGAAAUCAGGGC